AUGGAAGUUAUGGGAGGAGGAGGAGAGCAACCUUGCCAAGCUGAAGACUUGAGUACGUCGUUCUCAAUUAAGAAGCCUAGGGUUGAGAGCAUCAAUCCCGUCGACUUAAGCGAUGGUGAACCAACUCGACCUGAGUACGUCGUUCUCAAAGAGAGAACCACUAUGAAAAUGGUUUGUGGGUCAUUUUAUUUGUCCAAAGAACGAAGAGACCUGCCGAUUGAGGGCGACGAUGCUCACUUCAUUUGUGCAGAAGAGAACAUUAUAGGCGUGGCGGACGGCGUGGGUGGUACUAGGAAGAAGGGCAUUGAUUCCGGAGUUUACGCAAGGAAGCUCAUGAACAAUGCGGUCAAGGCCGUACAUAAUCAACCUAGGAUAUCAGGAGAUAGUAAUGGUGUUGAUCUCAGGAAGGUCUUGAAUGAGGCUUAUGCAAACACCAAAGAUGUUGAUGGGUCAUCAACAGCUUGCAUUGUUGCGCUUAAUAACAAAGAUGGAAAAUUGCAUGCUGUGAAUGUUGGGGACAGCGGUUUCAUGUUGUUUAGAAACAAGAAGUGUAUCUACAAGUCUGAAAUACAGAUACGUAGUUUUAACUGUCCUGUAAAAUUGGGGAGAAAAGCAAAGAAUGGUCCCCAAUCUGCUGUGGAGAUAAACCCGAUUGAAGUUAUUCCCGGAGAUGUUAUAGUUCUUGGGACAGAUGGAUUGCUGGACAAUGUGUGGCCGGAAGAAAUAGAGCAAGUUUUGGAGGAGAAUACCAUAGAAGGUUACGUGGAACCGGAGCAUUUGGCCUGGACUAUAGCAGAGCAGCUGGCUCUGCGGAACUCCGAGGAUGUAAACAGGUUUAGUCCUUUUUGCUUUGCAUCUUUGAAGGUUGGAAAGGAGCGCAUAGGAGGUAAGGUCGAUGAUAUUACUGUUGUAGUAGGUCAUAUUAUUGCAACAUAG